GGGAACGGUAGCGCCGACUAUGUUUAAUAUCAUCAAAGAUGACACCAAUUGGAAGCCACACCAUCACCAGCAGUUGGCCUACAAACUCACACAUUUGUACUACAAUUGGAUCGGUACUAUCCGAGUGCCGGCCCCCUGUCAGUACGCCCACAAACUGGCGUACCUGACGGGCACUGCCCUUCACCGCGAGCCUAACACUAAGCUGUCGGACACACUGUUCUACCUGUAAGUGGACAGUCCGGUCAGCAUUACUCGGCCAACACUGCCGUUAAACACAAUUUGCAAACAUUCGACACAUUUUUGGACAUUUUAUAUUUAAAUAUACUUUUAUUACCAUUUGUUGUCUCAUAUGUCUCACUCUCGACAUUCAGUUAAUUUAAGUUUUUUAAGAGUUUUUUGAUUUUUCAGAAUUUAUAUUUUAUUUUAAGUGUGAAUUUAGUUAACCAUUGUUUUCUCUUUUAUACCAUUCCCUCCAUAAUCAUUGCAUGACAUUAUGACUGAAGUUUUUAUUGUCAUUUUGUUUUUAAUUG